CCCGUUCAUUAAAGUCGAAUUGUGAAAUAUUCAAAGUGGAAUAAACAAGACACCAUAAGCUUAUAAAGUUUACACAAUGCCUCCGAAAAAGAAGAAGGGGAAGGGAAAGGGGAAAAAGAAGGGAAAGAAGAAGGAUGAUGCCACCCUGGAGCUUGAAGACAAGUACAAAAGAACUGUAGAUGAGAUCCAAGCACUGAAAGAUCAUUUAUCAAUCCGUAAGGAAUUCACUCGAAGAUCAGUGGCGUAUAAAGAUGAGAUGAGGCAACGGAUGCUGGGAGCUGAAGAAGAACUGGAGGACACUAAAUCCAACCAGAAGACAGUCAACGCAGACAUGACCAGACAGUACAAGACCAUGCAAACAGAGAUGAGUCUCCGAAUACAUCAGUUGGAAACUGAGCUAGCUCGAACUCGAUCUGGGUUAUCUCAAACUGAACUAGAACUGAAGAAAACGCGAGAAGAAAAGGACAAAAUUAUCCAAAAUCGGGAAUUGACGAUCAGUGAUCUGAAAUUGAAAAUUAACAGCAUGGAAAAGGACUAUGAAGGAAUCCUAAGAGGAGCCUUAGAUGCAUUGAUCCAGAAAGUGGAAGUAGCCAAAGAACGUUGGGAAGAACGGAGCACGACCAUUCAGUCUAAAAAUAAAAAUGUGUUACUUGAAUUCGGUCUGAAGCCUUUAGAAAUAUAAUGGAGUUGUCUUCUCUUUGUUCUGUUGAUUUUAGCCUUAUGUUGCUGAUCUUUGAUGCACCUUUUUAAAUAAACUGUUUUUUCCCAG